AACUUCUCACUGUUGGGAAAAAGGGUCCCCAUUUCAGAACUCUCAGCAGUUGCAGUUGUAAUUUCAAGGCCUUGGUGAGGCAAUGGAGUACUUGGUAGUGAAAAUCAUGAUACUGGCCACAAUUCCAUUCUAUUCACUUGCUGCGGAAAUUCCUCUAGUGAGACAAGUGGCUUCAAAGUAUAAUGUGUCUUGCAUACUGGUUUUUGGAGAUUCAAGUGUUGAUUCUGGCAACAACAAUGCCCUUCACACCACAAUGAAAAGCAACUUUCUUCCCUACGGCAAGGACUUCUUUGACAGCCGCCCAACAGGACGGUUUAGCAAUGGAAGACUUGCAACAGACUUUGUUGCUGAAGCAGUGGGGUAUAGAAAGGUGAUUCCACCGUUUCUGGACCCUAAUUUGAAGCCGGAAGAUCUUGAGUAUGGUGUCAGUUUUGCAUCAGCAGCCACAGGUUUUGAUGAUUACACAGCAGAAGUUUCGAAUGUUUUGUCUGUUUCAAAACAAUUGGAGUAUUUUGCGCAUUACAAGAUCCAUUUGAGAAGAGAGGUGGGCGAAGAAAGAGCAGAAUUCAUUACAAGAAAUGCCUUGUAUAUUAUCAGUAUGGGUACAAACGAUUUCCUUCAGAAUUAUUUCUUGGAACCUACACGCCCUAAGCAAUUCAGCUUGGAAGAAUUCGAGAAUUUCUUGCUCUCUCGCUUCGCCAAGGACGUUAAGGAAAUGCAUAGACUUGGGGCAAGGAGGGUAAUCAUUGUAGGAGUCCUCCCUCUGGGAUGCAUUCCACUUAUCAAGACACUUAGAAGUGCGGAAGGCUGUGAUAAAAGUUUAAAUAGUGUUGCUCAUGCAUUCAAUGCAAAAUUAUUACAGCAAUUAAACAUCCUGAAGACAAAGCUGGGCUUAAGAACUGCUUUGGUUGAUGUUUAUGACAUGAUCCAACGUGCAGUCACCAAUCCUAAAAAAUAUGGAUUUGUCGAAGGUUCGAAAGGAUGUGUUGGAACAGGGACAAUAGAAUAUGGAGAUUCAUGCAAAGGGGUGAAUAGUUGUUCGGAUGCAGACAAAUAUGUAUUCUGGGAUGCUGUUCAUCCAACGCAGAAAAUGUACAAGUUAAUAGCUGAAGAGGCCAUUGCAUCUUUUGUUACUAAUUUCUUUUGACAGUGAUGUCUAUUUAUAUAUAUGAUGCCUGUGUCAAACAUCAAUGUUCAAAAAGACCCCCUGUGGUUUCAAAUAAACUAUUCAAUUUGAAACUGCAGGCCGCGCAAUGUAAUUUAGUUUACAAUUAAUUUUGUUAUAUUAAAUCUUAGAAGAAAUAUUUGUUA